AUGACAAAUUAUUAUCCUUAUGGUGUGUCACUUAGUAAAGGACAAUUGGAAAAGCUUUCGAGAGCUUACAAUAAUAACUCAGCAAUAACCAUCAGUUUAGCUAGAAAUGAGUUAUCCGGUCCACACGAAUUAAUGCUCACAAAAACUCAGAUCAAUAAGCUGAGAAAAGCAAUGAGCCAGGGUACAGGGUCGGAUAUCAAGAUAUCAAAAACACAAAUUAGAAAGGCUCUUAGACAGGGUGGUAGUUUGUGGGGAUCAUUAAUCAAUUUAGGAAGCAAGUUACUACCUAUGGCCAUGCCAUUAGCCAAAAAAGCUAUCGCACCGCUUGCAACAGGAGCGUUAUCAGGAUUAGCCAGUCUCGAUGUGGAUAAAAUAUUCGGAAAAGGUCAACGAGGAGGUUUUCUUAUUCCAAUGGACAAAAUAGCACAAUUGGUUGCAAACAAACAUUUACUGACCACGGGGCAGAAAAAAGGAUAUUCUUAAGUCUCUCCAAACUGGCAACGGAUUAGUUAUCAGACCGACGAAAACACAGCAGGGUGGGUUUUUAGGAACUCUACUGGCUAGUAUAGAUGUCCCCCUGUUGCUAAACGCAUUAACGGGAAAAGGACUACAGGCCGAUAGAACCGGUUCCGCUAAUACAACAUCUGUUUAUGUUCCCGAUACAACUAAUGGCCAUGGAAUGUAUAAUCCAUAUCCCUACAUGUCACCACCUUUCUUUGGAACAUAGGAAAACCCGGUUGGUGGGGGAGUAAAAAAAAAAAAGAAAGGGAAAGGGACUGCUACUCGGAAAAGACAGUCCGUUCAAUUCGAUCCCAAUUUUAGGAGCAAUAUUGUAAGAUUCAUAAACAAACCAUUAUCGAACAUUGAUUUGUUACAAUGGGUUACACAAUUAGGAAUAAAAUAUUUCAGGGGUAUCUACAGCCGUGAUAAUUUACCAAAUAAAAUACACAAAUUGGAAACAGGAAUAAUUAAUCUCGAUGAUUCAAUGGGCGGGGACAGUCAUUGGAUUUGUUAUAGAAACGUGGAUAAACAAUAUUGUGAAUAUUUUGACCCGUUCGGAUUAAUCAUGCCCAAUGAAAUGAAAAAUUAUCUGAAAACAAGUGGUAAAAAACUGGUGUACUCGUCAGAUGAAAUACAAGAAAGAGACAGUGUUUUGUGCAGUUAUUGGUGCUUAUAUUAUCUCCUGGAGAGACAGAAAGGGAAAUCAUUAUUAGACGUUAUACACAACCCUAAAUUCAGUUUCACAAAUCAAAUGAUAAAUCACCAAUUUCUGAUAAACUAUUUUAUGUAACACUAUUAGCGGAGCUCCGGCGCGCGAAGCGCGCCGGCGGAGCACCAUGGGUAAUAAAAUUUGUAAACCAUCCAUCCGAGAAAAUUUGGUUAUGACGUAGCGUACGCCCGUACACUCUUUGCGGGGGAGGGAAGGGAAUCAGGUGUCAGCCCGUCCGGGGGAGGAGUAUGUUAUAAAUCGCGCGAUGCAUUUGUGCCACCCACCUGUUUCUUGGCGGGAAAUCGCGCAAGAAAUGACGUGGCUGUCGUCGCGUUCAAAAACAUGUUUACUUCAACGGAACUACUACAUUGCAUAAGGAUUUUGUGUCCGGAGAGCUCAGUUUCUAGUAAACCGUUUCGAAGAAGUUGUGAUGGCAACAAACAAUAGCGGAUUGGAUUCAAACUAUUUGCUUGUGAGUGAAAAGCGACGAAAAAGAGAAGAAGAGAAAGGCAUAGAGUAAGAAUUAACAGGCGCGCUAGCAAAGAGGAUUCAAGUGGAAAAUUUAUGCAGCAUCUGCGACUUGUUCACUGAUAGCUGAAGCUGACAGAGUUUUGAGUCAUCUUUUGAUGUUUUUACCUGUCUUUUUGCACUGGAUCUACAAAAUGAAAUACAGCAGCUAUCAACAUUCUUUUGUUAUUCUUGGCUGGCUUGUUUACUGGGUUGUGGUCGAGAAAUGCGCCGCACGACAAAAAGGAAUCGGGAAUCAUCGUUUUCAAAAAUAAGCUACUCUUAGUAAGCUUAAUUCGCCUUGCUGGACCGUGCGAAAAAUCUUAAGCGAUUCUGGCCUUACUUGAUGGGUUUCCGUGCUCAUCUCGACCGGUAAGCUUGAGUAAUUUUAUUGCAUUUUAUGUGUUUUCUCUUUUCAUGUUUAUGCCGUCAUUUUACGCACAUUUGUAAGGUUUGAAUCAAUUUAUCUGACCUAGUAAAGAACUUAAAAAGUCUUUAGACAUUUUCUGACCGCGACUAGAAGAAAAAGUUCUGAAAAAAUAGUUUAGUUAUCCUAUUGUUUGUAAAAAAAAAGAAACUUUGAGCGAUAUUCUUGCCUGGAGUUCAUCUUGCAAAAUAGCAAACACGGCGAAGGCGGCUUAAAACUUAAGGCUUAAUUUAAAUCUAUUCGUGACUCAGCUUUACUCUCAAAACACGUCUUCGGGAAUAAAAAUUGUUGACCUUUAAAUGUUUCUUUGUAUUAUAUUUCUUGUCUUGAUUGUUUGUCAAGAUCUCGUUCUUACAUGAUCGCUUUGCCAGUUGUUACUUUCAGUCGUCCGUGAACGCGUUGGUCGCGCUCUACGUCCAAUUUUUAUGCUCUGAUUGGUCAAAAUUUGACAUGCGAGUUUAUGCAGAAAAUUUAUGCAGCAUCUUGAAACUUGUUUACUGUGACAGCUGAAGCUGACAGAGUUUUGUGUCAACUUGUGAUGUUUUUAACUGUCUUUUUCUACUGGAUGUACGAAAUGAAAUUCAGCUACUAUCAAGAGCCUGAUCAAGAGUCUUCUGUUAUUCAUGGCUAGUUUGUCUAUUGGGUUUUUACUUGAGAAAUACGUCGCCUGUCAAAGUCGGAAAUCCGAUUUCGGAUGGCAUCGAUUCGUUUUCGUUUUUCACCUUGCUUGAUUGAAAAGUCUGAAGCGAUGUAGCUUCCAGGAGCUGCCUGAGUAAUUAUUGUAUUUGUGUUUGUUUUUUUCAUUUAUCUAAUUUCAUGAAGCCGAGCGCAGUUAUGCAUGUUUGAAUUAAGAUUUGAGAUAAUGAUCUGACCUAUAGUAUGAGGUUUGAUUUAAGCUUGCAGAACUUUAAAAACUCUUUAGUCGAUAUUUUCUCACCGCAAAUAGAACGAAAAAAACGUUGCGUUUUUAUUUUGGCAGUAGAAAGAAAGCUUUGAGCAAUUUCCUCGCCUCGAGUUCAUCUUUGAAAACAGCAAACACCGGGAAGCCGGCUUUAAAACAUAAAGUUAGGCUUUUUAAAGCCUAACUUUUGCUUAAAAGCAUAAAGACUCAGGAUUCUUAGCGACACUUUAAUACUUAAUUGUCUUCGUGAAUGAAAAUUGUUGUCUCUGUAAAUGUUUCACCGAAUUAUAUUUCUUUUAUUGAUUGUUAGUAGUCUCUCUUGUAAUUUGCCGUUAAUGUUUUCAGUCGUCGCUUGCAGGAGUACUCAAAACGUCGCGCGUAUUAACGCUUGUUAAGUUUACACAUCGUUAUAAAACCAUUAAAUAAAAAAAAACAAACAAACAAUAAAUUGUUUAUUAUGUUGAAGUGUAACUCUAUUAGUGUUCAUUCAAACACUCCACAGCUUGCAACUGGCUGGCCGUUAUAUAGGUGAUUUUGGAAAUUUUUUUAGCGGUUUCGCUAAAAGCCCACGCCUGCUUCGAUCGUCCUAAAUAUUAAGUGAGUGCAAUUUAUAUUUCAAUACUGUGAAAUACUGCAUUCUGUCUGAGGUCUGCAUGAUAAAAACAGCGCCUCAUAGUACUGUUUUACCUCAGACUGUCCGAUGUGAUGUAUAAAAAGUAUAAAAGGUUGGUUUACACGCCUCCAGAUUUGUUAGCAAGAUUCUGUAAAGCAAACUUGUCAAACGGAAAAAAUUCUGCCGGAUUUGCUUUCCAAGUAUUUGUUUUCCAGGCCUAAUCUACUAUGAUCAAGAGCCAUUAUGACGUUAAAUGUGAUCGAAGAUGAUUGCUAUUUUUUGGGUGUACAUAUAAAGGCCGUCAACUCGAUGUAAGGUUUGGUGCACUCUUGGACUGUUAGCAAAUUAUUUUUCUCUCAAAUCAAUUAGCCUUAAUCCCUCAAAACAAAAGUCACAUGAUUGUGCUCUAAAGUGAACUGAUUUGUGGAAUAUAAGUCUAUUGUUUGAUUGAAAUUACAAAUUUAUUAAUGGGAGCUUCGUUUUUAGCCCUGGCUAAAUCUAUAUAUUAUAUAUGACUGAAAAGUUCUGUGUUUAUUGCCAAGAAGUUACCCCACAUUAUAUGAAUCAAUAUGGAUGUUUCGAGUGCUGCAACUGUGAACCCCCGAGUGAGAGUGAUUAUGAGUCAGAUAGCAGCCAUGAUACUUAUGUUCCAGAUAGUGAUUAGAUAAUAAUUAUAUAACAUAAAUAUAUAAUAAUGGUGAAAUCUUAUUGUGUUAAACAGAAGAAGCAAACAGAAUGUGUAGAACCUUCGGGUUACAAAACUGCCAAAAAUGGUAGACUUAUGUUUUGGUGCACUUGCGCUGAAUGCGGAAUAAAAAAGUUUAAGUUUGUCAAGAAGGGAAACUAGAUCAGCCUGUCCUAGGGGCAGGCGUAAUAGACACAGUAGCUGGUACUGCUCUUGAUGCGUUUGUACAUCACGGGCUUCCAUGGAUGGGUAAAAAAGCAGUUGAGAUGGGAAGAUAUUACGGGUCAGAAACAUUACGCAAUAAAAAGUUACAGAAAAAAGCUAUCGACUACGCUCUGGAUAAAUUAAAUCCGAUGAUCCAGAAUGUGGGGUCUCAAGCUCUUGACCAAUUAUCAACCAAAAUACGACCAAAGAAAAACUACAAAACAAGCAGGAAAGAUCUUGAUGGAGGUGCUUUGGAUAUUCACAAGGCCAUUGGAAAAUUACCAAGACCCGCAGGCGGUUGGACAUUACCAGGGCAUAAAUACACUGGCCCCUACAACGAUCUCGAAAACCAAGUAAGAUACAAUCCAGAAACUGGUGAAAUAUUAGAAAUUUAUGAUCAACCAACUGGGCCAACCGAUGCAGUGGCCAUGCAGCACGAUAUUCAUUAUAGUGUUUAUGGUGAUAACCGAAAGCGCAAAAAUAAAGCUGACCGUAAAAUGGUAAAAUCAUUAGACGCCAUUCCCUAUAAUGAACGACAAUGGGGACACUGGUUAGCUAGAAAUCUAAUAAACACGAAAAAGAAACUCGGUCUUGGUUUAAACUAGAAAAGCCGUCGGGUAGCAGUUGGCAACAACAAUUAGCGGAUGAAUUACAUAAACCCAUAAAGCACAACUUUACUCGGCGGCGUGUUAUUACAACCGGUAUUGACANAUAAUUAUAUAACAUAAAUAUAUAAUAAUGGUGAAAUCUUAUUGUGUUAAACAGAAGAAGCAAACAGAAUGUGUAGAACCUUCGGGUUACAAAACUGCCAAAAAUGGUAGACUUAUGUUUUGGUGCACUUGCGCUGAAUGCGGAAUAAAAAAGUUUAAGUUUGUCAAGAAGGGAAACUAGAUCAGCCUGUCCUAGGGGCAGGCGUAAUAGACACAGUAGCUGGUACUGCUCUUGAUGCGUUUGUACAUCACGGGCUUCCAUGGAUGGGUAAAAAAGCAGUUGAGAUGGGAAGAUAUUACGGGUCAGAAACAUUACGCAAUAAAAAGUUACAGAAAAAAGCUAUCGACUACGCUCUGGAUAAAUUAAAUCCGAUGAUCCAGAAUGUGGGGUCUCAAGCUCUUGACCAAUUAUCAACCAAAAUACGACCAAAGAAAAACUACAAAACAAGCAGGAAAGAUCUUGAUGGAGGUGCUUUGGAUAUUCACAAGGCCAUUGGAAAAUUACCAAGACCCGCAGGCGGUUGGACAUUACCAGGGCAUAAAUACACUGGCCCCUACAACGAUCUCGAAAACCAAGUAAGAUACAAUCCAGAAACUGGUGAAAUAUUAGAAAUUUAUGAUCAACCAACUGGGCCAACCGAUGCAGUGGCCAUGCAGCACGAUAUUCAUUAUAGUGUUUAUGGUGAUAACCGAAAGCGCAAAAAUAAAGCUGACCGUAAAAUGGUAAAAUCAUUAGACGCCAUUCCCUAUAAUGAACGACAAUGGGGACACUGGUUAGCUAGAAAUCUAAUAAACACGAAAAAGAAACUCGGUCUUGGUUUAAACUAG